GAAAAUCGAUACGGGUGUGACUGGGAGGGAGUUGCUACGCGGAUGUUGUGAAGAAAUAAUAGCGAGUCGCUGGUGGGGAAAGGGGAAAACACAUUAGCGUCUUUUGUUUUGCUCGCAUAUCUUUUAAACUUCCUUUUAAAAUGGGAAACUGCCACACCGUUGGACCAAACGAGGCCCUCGUGGUUUCAGGUGGCUGCUGUGGCUCAGAUCAGAAGACGUACGUUGUGGGAGGCUGGGCUUGGGCCUGGUGGCUCAUUUCUGACAUCCAGAGAAUGUCUCUGGAGGUUAUGACCAUCCUCUGUCGCUGUGAGAAUAUCGAAACCUCGGAGGGUGUUCCCCUGGAUGUGACUGGGGUGGCCCAGGUAAAGGUGAUGACCGAAAACGAACUGCUGGGCUACGCCUGCGAGCAGUUUUUAGGGAAGUCGGUCAUGGAGAUCAAGAGCGUCAUCCUGCAAACCCUCGAAGGUCACCUGCGCGCCAUCCUCGGCACCUUGACUGUGGAGCAGAUCUACCAAGACAGGGACAAGUUUGCUUCGCUGGUCCGAGAGGUGGCAGCGCCUGACGUGGGCCGCAUGGGAAUUGAGAUCCUCAGCUUCACCAUCAAGGACGUGUAUGACAAAGUGGAGUACCUGAGCUCACUGGGCAAAACGCAGACGGCUGCAGUGCAGAGGGACGCAGACAUCGGGGUGGCCGAGGCCGAGAGAGACGCCGGGAUCAGGGAGGCCGAGUGUAAGAAAGAAAUGAUGGACGUUAAGUUCUUAGCGGACACAAAAAUGGCCGACUCCAAGCGAGAGCUGGAAAUGCAGCGAGCAGCCUUCAACCAGGAAGUGAACACUAAGAAAGCAGAAGCUCAGCUGGCUUAUGAGCUGCAAGCCGCCAAGGAGCAGCAGAAGAUCCGUCUGGAGGAAAUCGAAAUCGAAGUGGUCCAGAGGAAGAAGCAGAUCAAGAUCGAGGAGAAGGAGAUCGACCGCACCGACAAGGAGCUCAUUGCCACUGUGAAAAGACCCGCUGAGGCUGAAGCUUACAAGAUCGAGCAGCUGGCCGAAGGACAGAAGAUGAAGAAAGUUCUGACAGCCCAGGCCGAGGCAGAUAAGAUCCGCUUCAUUGGUGAAGCGGAGGCCGCCUCCAUCGAAGCCGUGGGCAAGGCGGAGGCUGAGAAAAUGAGGCUGAAGGCUGAAGCUUACCAGCAGUACGGCGAGGCCGCCAAGACAGCUUUGGUCCUGGAGGCCCUGCCCAAGAUCGCCAGCAAGGUGGCCGCACCCUUGGCCAAGACCAACGAGAUUGUGAUCCUGAGUGGCGACGGCAGUCGCGUUACAGGAGAGGUCAACCGUCUGUUAGCUGAACUCCCCGUCUCUGUCAAUGCCCUCACCGGAGUGGAUCUGACCAAGAUUCCUCUGCUGCAGAAGAUGAGCAGCCAAGUGGCCGUCUGAUGAAUCUCAAACCUUCGACGUAAACAGUAUCUGCCUCAAGCAUGACCACACCUUCUCACCCACUUAUGCAACUGCCACAGAUACCAAACCCCCCCAAGAACAGAAAAGAGUCUUCUCCGUAGUCAAUCAGGAUUUUAUGCUGCAGUGGUCUUCUAUUCACCCACUGGUGUUGUGGUUUUUUUAAUUCUAAAGUGUUUAGAAAGGGAAGACAUCCUUUAAUGUUGUAAUCGGACUUUUUGCCUCUUCUCCCAAGCUGGACCAGGUGUGAUGUUAUUUGUUCACCUUGAAGAACUAAUACAAGAACCACUAUUCCCAUCACUGUUAGCUUGUUAGCCUAUUCGCCUGUCCUCUUCUGUGCUGUGCCUGUCCGAUCGCCACUCAAGUGCCCAAAACCUUUCAGGACGGGGGUUUGGCCUCAGCCGUGUAAAUGUGGUUCCCCGCCGUCACAUCUGCCUUUACUAACACACACUUCGUGCUUUGGUCGUGGAGACGUUGUAACGCAAAGCCACGUUUAGCGAGGGUGGUCUUACGGUGGCACGCCGGGUAGAGCAGUACCUCGUGUAGCAUGCUAAGCCAGACGCUCAGGGCCGUUCACUCGCCGCACCACGCCUUCUUUCUCGGAAAUGAUUUUUUUAGAAUGUUUACGCAGCACUCUGGGGCUGUGUUUUAUCCCUUGUGUUGCAUUUGUACUCGGAACUAACAAUUAGCAUGUAUAAGCAGCAGUCUAACUCAGUCUAACUCCUUCAUACCAUGUCUACAUUUAACUCCAUUGGACACCAUUUGGGUGCCAUCUUUCUGGGAACACAGACUGUGUUUUAUGGCGAUAUAAACGUGGAACAUACCAAAAGAAAGAUUACACUCACGUCUUUUUACGUUCUUUAGUAAACGCAUGUACGGGGAGAACAUGCAAACUCCACACAGAGAUGGCCGAGGGUGGGAUUGAACUCGGGUCUCCUAGCUGUGAGGUCUGUGCGCUAACCACUCGACCACCGUGCAGCCCAAAAGGGGUUGUUUUACACCAAAAUAACAAUUGAUUUACUAAUAUACCACCAUGAACUAUUUACAGCGCGCACGCGUUAUAAUGACCCUAUUUCCACACGCUACACUUCCUCCUUCCUGUCACGUGUGAUUUUUCCCUUCACCCAUCCCUGCUCAGCUCUUAUCAAAUGCACUUCUGCCACCUUGUGGCCGUUUUUAUAGCUUAGAAUUGCUCAGAAGUGGAAAACCAUUAGCGGAGAGUUGCGUCAAGUUACAUACGUGAAGAACUGAAGCCGUCCGGUAGGAGAAAGAAUCAUUUUCCAACCAGUUCAAUGGAAUCGGAUCAUUUUUUUUUGUUGUGUGCCACAGCUCAGCGCUUGGGAAUCGCACCGGACUAACAUUCACUGGCUUUAGACUCGCUACCUAACUGACCUCCAUCACUUUGUGCGAUUGCUGAACCUGCUCGGGAUGUCACAAGAUCAUGAAAACGGGACGAGAUUUCUCCUGAUAGUCUUUCUCUCGGUGGGUGGAGGCGGGGCUGCUAGCAUACGCACACAGUGUGCAGAAGAGCGUAUGAGGAGCAAUGCAAUGUAACGUAGAAAUGCUCUCGUAGACCCGGUCUUGUGACACCCCUGGAAUCUAUCCAUGGAAUACAAAUCUUGGAGAUAUCUUGGAGGACAUGUUUUUAUUUUUUUUGUACCCAGUGCCUUUUGUCAACAAAAAAAAACACACAAAAAAGGUGAUGGAUCCGUGCUGUUUCAAUCAUACUCAACUGUUGCGUGUAACGUGUACAUGUAUUUCCUUUUUUACUUCUCCAGCUUCAUGACUUUUCUAACAUGGAAGACGACACGGGAACACGGUCACAGAACUUCCGCCUCAGUCUCGCCGUUGUUUUUCCUCUCGCCGCAGCUAUUUGUAGUCAUUAUCGUUUUGGCCGAUGUAUUUUGUGCCAACAGUAGCUUUGUCUAACGCAGCGAUACUAUAUGAUGAUAUGAUACCGUACGUGUGACUCCAGUAGACAUGUUGGAUGAAGACCAAACCUUAGACCUACGCCUUAACUCUCAUGGGAAAAGGUCUCUACCACGCCCCGGAUUGGUAGCGACGCUCCAGUGACGCCGACCUUUGGGAGGAAGUCAUGCAGCAUGGCGUUUUGAGCACGUGUUCAUGUUAUUCUGUGUUGUUCGCCAUCCUCUAAUAAAAGAUAUAUAUAUAUAUA